CUUAACUCUUAAGUGAUGAGAUCAAAUCAUGUUUUAUUUCCCUAGAAACACCUACAACAUACUAUCAGCUAUUAACCGACAAUGGGAAGUGAGUGCAAUCCGACUAAACCUCGUUUUGAUAUUACCAUGUCAAGGAGAACCAGAAAACCAGCAUCCAACCUCGCUGAUCCUACGAGCUCUGUUGAUGAAGUAGAAGAAAAUAAUAAUCAAAAGAGUUUGAAGCAACUGAUGAUAAACGGGGAUGAAACAUCAAAGAAGAAGAAUGGUGAAGAGAGCAAAAGCAGGAAUUCACUUGGAGAACACUUCACAGAAGAAGAGAAACAGCUUCAAUUGGUGAAAUUGCAGCAACAAAAAGGAGAGAAGCUGAAAGGAAUGGUAAACCGUUAUGUUAAAGUUUUAAGUCAUUUGAUCAAGGUGAAGCGCGACCCACGUUCUAUUGGAUCCACCAAAAAACCUCUUCUUCGGUUAAAGGUGUAGAAUUUUUUUCAUCAUAAUUACCUAAGCAAACACUAUCCAUUGUUAUAAAUACUUUUGCUUGUUCAUGUAUCAGCUCAACUACUUGAAUUACUAGUAUAUUAAUCGCA